UCUAAAGACCAGAUGGCCAGAAUCCAGGGGAAUUCUCAAAGGAAGAGUCUGCCAGCAAGCAUGAAAAACAAGCACAUGCAAAGGUCCCGAAGGGGGAGCCUAAUGGAAUUGCCGGAGAAGGUGGAAAGGCCAGCGUGGCUGCAACUGAGAGAGAAAAAUGGUCAGGAGAUGAGGCAAAAAGCGAAGGGGAGGGGUAGAGACCAGAUCCUUAAAGUGUUAUAGGCAGAGAAAGAACUCAAUUUAAAAAACAAAAGAUUCUUGCUAUUUUACUAUCAUGAGCGACAAAAACAUAUCAGCAAGUCAGAUUCUUGAAGGACUUGAUAGCAGCUCCCUGGACUGUGUAACUGGUUUGUAGCCACUAUCUCUGGGCUUGAGGACCGAAAAGGAGACGGCGCGAUAAGCGUCUGACAAAGCAGCGGGAGCCCGGGAGGGGACCGUCCAGGCGGUCCCAAGCCAGCCUUUUCCAAGUCAGCCACUGUCCCCACAGGGCCUCCAGGUCCUGCUCCUCGUCUGGGCGCCCCACAGAAACUAGGACGCACACAGUCGCUGCCCCCAGCAGCUGCUCAACCAGACGCGUCUAGCCGUAAUCCCCACGCUCGCCUCCGGGAGGUGCUGGACUCCCGCCUAAUCGCGGCCGACGCCGCUGAAGCUUCUGGGAAUUGUAGUCCCGGCUCGCCGAGACCAAACGCACUUCCGGGUUCGGCCAGAAACGCAGCCAUUGUCCCGGGCGCCGGCGCCUGCUGUCGCCGCGCACCUGGGCUCGGAUGUCAGCCGAGCCGCUCUGCGGAUGCUGACGAGGGGAGGGGACCGAACUAACUUAACCCGAGUCUGUCGCGUGCAGAAUCGGCGCAGGGGGUUGCUUAGCCCGACCUCGUCCUGCCGCAGAGCCGUACCGGGCACUGAAGUGGGACAGGCCGGGCCUGGGCCGCGAGCCCGUGGACGCCCAGCAAGAGGAGGGAACCGAGGAGGGCGGCCCCGUGCAGUCGCUGCUGGAGCUGCAGGUUCUGGUCUUGGGACGCCUGGCAUUUGGGCAGAAUGGGGAGACAUGGGUGGUCCUAGGACGCUGCUACUGCCUGAGAUGCCCAGCUCGGGACCCUCAGGCCUCUGCCUGUGCCUGGAGGAGAGCAUGGAAGAGCGGGAUGAGAAGCCCCCAGAGCCCCUGAAGACCUGUGCGCAGGACUCUCUCCUUCCUCAAGAGAUUAUCAUCAAGGUCGAGAGAGAAGAUGCUGGAUCACUGGCCCUUCCAUCUCAGGAAGGAGUGAACUUCAAAAUUGUGACUGUGGACUUCACUCAGAAGGAAGAAGGCACUUUAAACCCUGCUCAGAGGACCCUGGACAGAGAUGUGAUCCUAGAGAACCAAAGGGACCUGGUCUCUUGGGACUUGGCACCGGCACUUGGAAGGAGAGAAUCAACAUCAAAGAACAUUUUUGAUGAUGAACCAUCCCAUCGAGUGAAGUUAGAAAGGUUGACAAGAGAUGAUCCUUGGUUAUCUUCGUGUGAAGAAGUCCAGGAUUGUAAGGACCAGUUGGAAAAGCAACAGGAAAGACAAGAGAGACUUUUGAAGGAAAUGGCAUUUACCCACAGGAAAGCGGUUACUUAUGAGACAGUCUAUAAAAGUGAUGAACUUGAAGAGAAGAGUGGUCUGGAUUCCAGUCUUCUUUCACCCCAGAUGAUACCCAUAAGAAACCAUUUUCAUAAACAUGCCUCACAUGUUAAAAAAUUGCAUUAUAAUUCUAUCGUAAACACUCAUGAGAUGAUUAAUGACAGUGAGAAACUCUGUGAGAAUAAUGAACGUGGAAACCCUCACCAAAACAUUCACCUUAUUCAGUUUACAAGAACUCAAACAGGAGAUAAAUCCUAUGGAUUCAGUGACAGUAUUCCAUCUUUUAGCCAUGAUGUACCCCUAAAUAUACAUCAGAAAAUACACGCAAGAAGAAGAUCCUUAGAUUUUAAGGAAUGUGGGCAAGUUUUGAACCACAGUAUAUCCCAUAAUGAACAACAGAGAAUACCUGUUGAAGAGAGUCAAUAUAACUGUAGUAAAACCUCCCAGAGUUCAUCCCUUGCUCAGAACAUGAGAAACCAUUCUGAAGAGAAACCCUUUGAAUGUAAUCAGUGUGGGAAAUCUUUCAGCUGGAGCUCUCAUCUUGUUGCACAUCAGAGAACUCAUACGGGGGAGAAACCUUAUGAAUGUAAUGAGUGUGGGAAAUCCUUCAGCCGGAGCUCUCACCUUGUUUCUCACCAGAGAACUCAUACUGGAGAGAAACCUUAUAGAUGUAACCAGUGUGGGAAAUCUUUUAGCCAGAGCUAUGUUCUUGUUGUGCAUCAGAGAACUCAUACUGGAGAGAAGCCUUAUGAAUGCAGUCAGUGUGGAAAGUCAUUCAGGCAGAGCUACAAACUUAUUGCCCAUCAAAGAACUCACACCGGAGAGAAGCCCUACGAAUGCAAUCAAUGUGGGAAAUCAUUUAUCCAGAGCUAUAAACUUAUUGCACAUCAAAGAAUUCAUACUGGAGAGAAACCCUAUGAGUGCAAUCAGUGUGGAAAGUCCUUCAGUCAAAGUUACAAACUUGUUGCCCAUCAGAGAACUCACACAGGAGAAAAACCCUUUGAAUGUAAUCAGUGUGGAAAAUCCUUCAGCUGGAGCUCUCAGCUUGUUGCACAUCAAAGAACUCAUACUGGAGAGAAACCCUAUGAAUGUAAUGAGUGUGGAAAAUCCUUCAACCGCAGUUCUCACCUUGUUAUGCAUCAGAGAACUCAUACUGGAGAAAAACCCUAUGAAUGUAACCAGUGUGGGAAGUCCUUUAGCCAGAGUUAUGUUCUUGUUGUACAUCAGAGAACUCAUACUGGAGAAAAGCCCUAUGAGUGCAAUCAGUGUGGGAAGUCCUUCAGGCAGAGUUCAUGCCUUACUCAACAUCAAAGAACUCAUACUGGAGAGAAACCCUAUGAAUGUAAUCAGUGUGGGAAAACAUUCAGCUUGAGUGCUCGACUUAUUGUACAUCAAAGAACUCAUACUGGAGAAAAGCCCUUUACAUGUAAUCAGUGUGGGAAAGCUUUCAUUAACAGUUCUAAACUUAUUAGGCAUCAGGCAACUCAUACUGAGGAGAAACCCUAUGAAUGUAACUAGUUUGGAAAUCUGUAGGCCAGAGUAUAUUUUUUUCCUUUUUCUUGCAUUUCUUUCUCCUUCCUUCUGUUUUUCUUUUCUUUUCUUUUCUUUUCUUUCUUUUCUUUCUUUCUUUUUUUCCUCUUCUGUUCUCUCCUUUUCUUUCUUUUAAAUGUCAACCUUCUGUUAUUGUGUACCUGGAAGUUCAUUCUGGAGAAGAAAGAAAAACAGUGAAUCACAUGUUUUACCUAACAAUUUUUUUAUUAAAAAAUCGAACUUGGCCUUUAUGACACAAUGCCACAUAAGUAGUAACUAUUGGCACUUUUCCUUGCAGAAAGCACUCUGACCUGAAUCUGAGGAAAUUACCAUUAAAUGGUCAACUUACUAUGGAAUGAUUGCAAGUGAGGUGGACCUUUUUAACAAUAAAGAGUAAAUGAGAAUGCAAA